AUGCCGUCGGUAAUUGCAGAAGAGGGCAUUCGCAUUGCCAUCGACAGGGGAGGCACAUUCUGUGACUUCUGGGCGCGAAUCCCUGGUCAAACCAAGGACCUUGUCUUCAAACUCUUGUCAGUAUGCCCGGACGAAUAUGACGAUGCUCCCACGGAGGGAAUCCGUCGCAUUCUCGAGACGGCGACUGGCUCGCCGAUCCCGAGAGGCACCCCUCUAGACCUCACUCCCGUCGAGAGUAUCCGCAUGGGCACAACAGUGGCCACAAAUGCCCUCCUGGAACGCAAAGGCGAGCGGGUAGCCUUGCUUAUAACUAAGGGCUUCGGCGAUCUACUCCUGAUCGGAAACCAGGCACGGCCGAAGCUCUUCGAUUUAGCGAUUCAGAAGCUUGACAAGCUAUAUGAGAAAGUCGUUGAAGUAGAUGAGAGAAUUACCGUUGAAGGAGCUUCAGAACUACCAGAGCCAUUGGCAGUCAGCGUUGAUGAAGACCCGAACCUAUUUUACGGAGUUAAUGGGGAGGUUUUGCGAUGCCUGAAGAAGCCAGACCUGGAUGCAGUGGCGAAAGAUCUAAAAGCUCUUUGGGAAGAGGGCUAUAGGAGUGUUGCUAUUGCGCUGAUGCACUCAUACAACUUCCCGGACCAUGAGUUGUCACUGGGUGAAGUCGCACGUAAGAUCGGUUUCAAAGUAUCUCUUUCAUCCCAGUUGCAGAGCAUGAUAAACAUCGUGCCACGGGCGCAAUCUGCCACGGCUGAUGCCUAUCUAUCACCAAUCACCGAAGCUUAUCUACAAAGCUUCCGAAAAGGAUUCAAAGGAGAAUUGGAGGAUGAGAACGGAAACAAAUUACUGCUUUCACAAUCUCACGGCGGUCUUGUGAAAUUCAGCGAGUUCACGGGAUUGAGAGCUAUUCUUUCAGGCCCGGCAGGUGGUGUCAUCGGUUAUGCGAAAACAUGCUACGAUGCCACUGACGCGACUCCUGUUCUUGGCUUUGACAUGGGUGGAACGAGUACAGAUGUGUCCCGUUACGGGGGUACACUUGAGCACGUCUUCGAAGCUACUAUUGCCGAAGUCCCAAUACAAUGCCCCCAGCUUGACGUAAACACUGUUGCUGCUGGCGGUGGUUCUAUUUUGUUUUGGACCAACGGCCUCUUCAAGGUUGGCCCUGACUCCGCUGGCGCAUAUCCUGGCCCGGCUUGCUACGGUAAUGGCGGCCCUCUCACCAUUACGGAUGCCAACUGUUUCCUGGGGCGAAUCCUUCCUCAAUAUUUCCCACGCAAACUCGACAUCGAUACUGUGCAGCGCAAGUUUCUGGAGCUUACAGAGACCGUGAACAAGGAGAAACAUGGCAAAGACAAAUUAACUCCUGAAGAAGUUGCUAUGGGCUUCAUUCACGUGGCCAAUGCUACUAUGGCACGUCCUAUCAGAAGUCUUAGCGAAGGGAGAGGCUUUGAAGCUUCUGCUCACAACCUUGCCUGCUUUGGUGGUGCUGGCGGCCAGCACGCUGUAGCCAUCGCGAGAGAUCUUGGUAUCAGUCGAGUCUUGAUCCACCGACUGUCGAGUAUUCUCUCAGCAUUUGGCAUGGCUCUCGCUGAUAUCGUCAUCGAGAAGCAGGAGCCGGAAGCACUCACAUAUGGACCCGAAGCCACUGAUCGCCUUGCAAAGCGAUUCGAAUCACUCUCGGCUCGCGCAGUAGAGGAUCUGAAAGCGCAAGGAAUACCAUCUCAUCGAGUCGCCCAUGAGAAGUUCCUUAACAUGAGAUACAGAGGAAGUGACACAGCUCUCAUGAUCAUGGAGCCUGCAGGUGGCGAUUAUGCUGCUGCAUUUGUUGAGAGGCAUCAACGCGAAUUUGGCUUCGUCCAGCAGAGAGAUGUUCUCGUCGAUGAUGUGCGCGUUCGAAGCAUAGGAAAAGCAAUGGAGCUACCUAUCUCUAAUCCAUUCGAUCAACUUGUCAAGGCCGGCGAAUACCCAUAUGUUGAAGCGACCAGCGCAAAGACACACAAGAUUUACUUCGAGCGUGGGUGGGUGGAUACACCCGUCUUCCAUCUAACCAACCUUCCAAAGAGGAGCAAGGUCAAGGGACCUGCUGUAAUUUUCGAUGAGACACAAACCAUUAUACUCGAUCAAGCUAGUGAAGCAAUCGUUCUUGACGAGCAUUUAGUUGUUGACUUGGUGUUGACAAAGGAGGAUACGAAGUUUACAGGAGAGGUUGACCCCAUCAAGCUUUCUGUUUUUGGUCAUCGUCUCAUGUCCGUUGCGGAACAGAUGGGCCGAACACUCCAAAAAACCUCAAUUUCUACUAACAUCAAGGAGAGACUGGACUACUCUUGUGCGGUUUUCUCCGCAGCUGGCGGACUUGUCGCUAACGCACCACAUAUUCCUGGUCACCUGGGCUCUAUGAGCACUGGAAUUAGGUAUCAAGCAAAGAAGUAUGGCAAAGACUUGAAACCGGGAGAUGUUAUUCUUUCAAACCACCCUUGUGCGGGAGGCACGCAUCUGCCAGAUCUUACAGUCAUCACACCAGUGUUUGAUAACGACGAGAACCCUACCGAGAUCAUGUUCUUCGUCGCCAAUAGAGGUCAUCAUGCGGAUAUUGGCGGAAUUCUAGCCGGGUCCAUGCCUCCUAACUCGACGGAGCUUUGGCAGGAGGGUGCGGCUAUUGAAUCCUUCAAACUUGUCAAGAAUGGCGUAUUUGACGAAGAAGGUUUGAUUGAGGAGCUAUACAUCAAACCUGCCCAAUAUCCCGGCUGCAGUGGCACAAGAACUCUGCGCGACAAUAUCGCAGAUCUCAAGGCGUCUGUCGCUGCCAAUAACAGGGGCAUCUAUUUGAUCCAGGAACUAGCCCGGCAGUAUACUUGGCCGGUUGUACAAUUCUAUAUGGAGGCUAUCCAAAAGAACGCCGAGGAUGCGGUGAGAGCUUUACUGAAGCAGCUCAGUGUUCGCUUCCGUGGCCAUCCCUUAAAGGCCGUAGACUAUAUGGAUGAUGGGACUCCCCUGGCAUUGACGGUCACUAUCAACAGUGAGGAUGGUUCUGCGAAGUUUGACUUCACAGGAACUGGUCCUGAAGCCCUAAACAAUCUGAACACACCAUCUGCUGUCAUGUUUUCUGGAAUCAUCUAUUGCUUACGUUGCAUGGUGUCCGCCGAUAUCCCUCUCAACCAGGGAUGCCUGGCCCCCAUCGAGGUCUACUGCCCCCCUAAUACCCUUCUCUCACCUAGCCUCAAGGCUGCUACCGUGGGAUCGAACGUCGAGACCUCUCAACGGAUAGUAGACCUGAUUCUGAAGGCAUUCCGCGUCUCUGGAGCCAGCCAGGGCACGUGUAAUAAUCUCACAUUCGGAUACGGCGGCACUGACGAGAAUGGUGAGAUUGUCAAAGGAUUUGGCUACUACGAAACCAUUGCAGGCGGUUCUGGAGCAGGUCCAACCUGGGAUGGGCAGUCUGGUGUUCACACAAACAUCACCAAUACUCGCAUUACAGACCCGGAAAUGUUUGAGAAACGUUACCCAGUUCUUCUCAAUGAAUUCUCUAUUCGCAAGGGUAGUGGUGGACUUGGCCGCAGGCGUGGCGGUGACGGGUGCGUCCGUGAUAUAGAAAUUCGACGGCCGCUGCAGGUUAGCAUACUCUCGGAGCGGCGGGUGAUUCCCCCGUAUGGCAUGGCCGGCGGUGGUGAGGGAGGACGCGGCGUCAACCUCUGGAUACGAAAAGACGAAUCUGAUGGGACGGUUCGAUCCAUCAGUUUAGGAGGCAAAGCUACUGUUGCAAUGAAUGCCGGUGAUCGGAUCAUCAUCAAGACUCCAGGAGGCGGAGGUUAUGGUUUUAGCCCGGACAUGGUGGAUGGCUUCAUACCAGAAGAUGAAGAGAUUGUGCAGAAUGGCCAUGUUAAUGGAAAUGGUUUCGCCCAUGUGCCUCGAGCAGGAGGAAGUGUGGCAAACAGGGAGAACAUGGCUGUAUCAAACUAA